AAACAGAGUAUCCCUGAAAAAGCUCCUUUGAUCAGGUGAGUCUGAUAUUCAGCCUUGAACCCUACUGCAAAAACACAGACAAACAACCCAUUUUAGUAAAUGAGACACUCUGCAACAAACCCCCUUCACCAAGCCAUCCCAAACCCAACUGCCCCCUCACAUAAACCCCAUUCUCAUCUCCUCAUUACAUUUCACCUCUCUCUCUCCUCUGUUUCUCUCUCUAAAAAAAAUGGCAACUCUCAUCUUCUUCCUCAUCAUCACCCUCUUCUCAUCUUCACUCACCAUCACCCACCAACAACAAGACCCACUUCUUGACUCGGCCGAGCAAGACUCAGUUUACCAGGUUCUGUCAUCCAUCAACCCGUCCAUCUCAUGGCGAACCCUCUUCCCACCCGACGACUUUUGUUUCUCUCCGCCACACGGCGUCGUUUGUGACUACUUCAUCGAAGAAAACGCCGCCGUUUCGCUUCAUAUAUCCGAGCUGAGUUUUGGGUAUGUUUCUGAUUACUCACCGAACCCGCCUUGUUCUUCUAAUUCUGUUCUUGACCCGCUUCUUUUCACCUCCUUUAAGUACCUUCGUAAGCUCUUCUUUUAUAAAUGUUUUACGGAAAAGGCUGUUUUGGUUCCUGAUGUUUCUAAAACAGCUUUUGGGUCCUCUAAUCUUGAGGAGCUUGUUUUUAUUGAGAAUCCUGCUUUAGUUGGGUCUGUCAGUGGCAUUAUUGGUAAUUAUACCGAUUUAAGGAGGUUAGUUUUGUCUGGAAAUGGAGUUUAUGGCAGCAUCCCUGAUCAGAUUGGUGAUUUAGUUAAAAAUGUUGAGGAAAUUACCCUGUCAAGAAACAAAUUAACUGGUGGGUUUCCGUUUAGUUUAACCAAGUUGAAAAAACUGAGAGUUUUAGAUUUGGGUCAAAAUCAAUUUGACGGAAAUGUCCCUGACUCAGUAGGUAAUUUGUCUCAGCUUUUGAAGCUGGACUUGAGCUCUAAUGGGUUUUUUGGUAAAAUUCCUGAGGGUAUGGUUAAUUUUCAAACUUUGGAGUUUUUAGACUUGAGUUUUAACCGCUUUGGUAAUUUUGGAAUACCGCUGUUCUUAGGUGAAUUGUCCAAAUUGAAAGAAGUUUAUUUGAGCGGGAAUUUACUCGGAGGGUAUAUUCCAGAAAUAUGGAAAAAUCUUGGGGGUGUAAAUGCAAUAGGUUUUUCUAAUAUGGGUUUAAUUGGUAAAAUUCCAGGUUCAAUGGGGGUUUAUUUGAGGAAUUUGUCUUAUUUAGGGCUUGACAACAACAAACUUGAAGGGGAAGUGCCAAAGGAGUUAGGGUUUUUGGAGUUUGUGAAUGAGAUAAAUUUGGAGAACAACAGCUUGAGCGGUGAAAUUCCAUUUACUGCCAAUUUUACUGCUAGGGUGGGUGAAAAGUUGAAGUUAAAUGGUAAUUCAAAGCUCUGUGUUAUUGAGGGCAGUUUGGGGAAAUUGAAAUUGUGCAACAGAUCAGACCUUCUUGCUGAUCAAGUUCUAUUCAAAGAGGGCAGUGAUUAUAUUUCUUCUUUAUCACCAUCAAGACAGGUGUCAUCUUCUUCCUUGUAUGGAUUAAUGAUGGUUUUUUACUUUUUACUAUGGUAAUUUUGGUGAAGAAAGUGAUAGUGGCUAACAAAAAAAAAGAAUAGGAUUUUAGCUUUACUCCUUUUAACCUUGGAUAGCAAAUUUUUGGUAACAAAUUGGGGGACAAAAUUGUAAUUAUUGCUUUUGGUGGUGAAAUCAGAAUAUCACAUAUACUUUAUGUUACUCAAAUGUUUUCUUUUUAAACUUGUAAACCUAGUGAAUUUUCUGUU